AUGGAUUUUAAACAAUUGGUGGGAUGGCUCCGUGCAGAGGAUCAAACGGUUUUAACAAUGCAUGAGCGGGCUGUCCUUGGCUCGAGGUAUGCGGUCAGUCUCGACGCUCCACGCACGUGGCAACUUCGAAUCAGACCUUUACGAGCUGAGGAUAGAGGCUGUUAUAUGUGUCAGAUAAAUACGCAGCCAACCAUGACCUGGCAGAUUGGCUGCAUCGAUGUUUUUGUCGGCAAUUUAUAUGGCAGGGGCGAGGCGGAUGGAAGCGUGUCUGCGGCCCUCAUAAAUAAGAACCAACCCCUUGAACAUUAG